ACGCGCGUACACAGCCGGGCGGGCGCGCGGGGUGCGGGCCGCGGGCUGGAGACUCCGCGGGAGCGCGGCCGGGCGGCCUAGCCGGGGACCUGGCCCCGCGCCUCCCGAGCGGGCGGGGCUCUCGGCCGAGGGCGGAGCGGGGGCUUCCUCCUCCCGCCAGGGAAAACAGAGAGAAUGAAAGCCUAUCUAAAGAGCGCAGAUGGCUUUUUUGUCCUAAAUAAAAGCACUACAAUUGGGAGGCAUGAAGAUUCUGACCUUGUUUUACAGUCCCCUGACAUCGACAACCACCACGCGCUCAUUGAGUAUAAUGAGGCCGAGUGCAGCUUUGUUCUCCAGGACUUCAAUUCCCGCAAUGGCACGUUUGUCAACGAAUGCCACAUUCAGAAUGUGGCCGUGAAGCUUAUACCUGGAGACAUCCUGAGGUUUGGCUCUGCAGGGCUGACUUAUGAACUGGUCAUCGAAAACCCGCCCCAGGUCUCCUUCCCGUGGAUAAGGGGCCAAGUACCAUGGCCCAGGCCACAGCCAGCUUGGACCGCACAGCAGCGGAGCAAGACCCCCUCGCCGCCGCAUAUUCCCUUCCACCAGGGCAUCCGGCCAUCGCCCGUGCAAAGGAGCUGGUCCCAGGGCUUCCCCAGGCCCACCAUGGGCUCGCCUUCCUCCCACGGGCGGCCCGUGAGCACCGGCGGGAAGAUGUUCUCCUUCGUGAUGGACAACGGCCGCAAGACCCCCAUCAAGCAAGUGUGGACCAACGUGGAGCUGCCGGACCUGUCAGUGGCCGAGGGAAUCCCAGUCACUCCCGCGGAGAUUUACGUGGACCAGGACCUGGCCCACGAGGACAAGGAUGAAAUAAUUCUGCUGCUGGGGAAAGAGGUGAGCCGCCUCUCCAACUUUGAGAUGGAAGCCAAGUACAAAGACGCCGUGAUAAUUAACCUGAAGAACGAGGUGGCCCAGCUGACCCAGAAGCUGACGGAGAAUGCCAACUCCAGGCAGAACGAGCGGGAGAUCUCGCAGAAGUUUCAGGUCCUGGACGAAGACAUUGAUGCCAAACAGAAAGAGAUCAAGAGCUUGAAAAGCCAGAUCAGUGCCCUACAGAAAGGCUACAGCCAGGUGCUGUGCCACACCCUGUCCGAGCGGAACUCAGAAAUCUCAUCCCUGAAGACCGAGGGCGAGAGCUUGAAGAGGGACAACGCCAUCUCAUCAGGACACGCGGCCGCAGCCGGCAGAGCCAAGCCUAGCACUGAGCCCGACGCCAACCGCCGGCUGUAUGAUCCACGUGCUGUGCCCGGGUGGUUCCCUGCGCCUCACCCUGCAAUUCCCCCUGCAGGCAUGGUGUCAUCUUUGCAAAAAGAUGUGUUAGCAAGGAAUGAGCAAGUUCAACAACUGAAAGAGGAGGUGAACCAACUGAAAAGUCAGAACAAGGAAAAGGAUCACCAGCUGGAAGCCCUUGGCUCUACAUGCUCAGCGCUGAAGGAGGAGCUGAGAAGGGAGGAAGCGCACAAGGAACACAGGGACGCCGAAGGGAAAGAGCUGAAACUCUGCAAAAGUCAAAUGCAAGACAUGGAGAAAGAAAUGAAAAGGCUUCGGGAGGAGCUGAGGAAGAGCUGUACUGAGCAAAGCAUGAUCUCCAAGACCCUGCGAGAAAAGAGCAAGGUUGAAGAGAAGCUUCAGGAGGAUUCCAGAAGGAAAUUGCUUCAGCUGCAAGAAAUGGGGAACAGAGAGAGCCUUAUUAAAGUCAAUUUGGAAAGGGCAGUAGGUCAGCUGGAGCACUUCAGGAGCCAGGUCAUCAAGGCCACCUACGGGCGGGCGAAGGUGGUCCAGGACAAGGCCAUCACCGACCAGCAGUUAUUAGAGAAGAUUGCCCAGGUCACUGAGGACAACAUGAACUUUCAGCAGAAAAAGUGGACGCUGCAGAAGGAGAGCCAGCUCAGCAGCUGCAAGCAGGAGCAGACCACCGAGGACAUUAAGAAGCUGAAGAUGUCCCUAGACAGCUGCCAGGCCUGCAUGAAGCUGGCGUGCCGCGGCAGCAGCCUGCGGAAGGAGGUGGACCUUCUCCAGAAGCUCCAGGUGAGCCCGCCUGUCUCGGGGCUGCAGAAGGCGUCGCUGGACAUGCUGAGCCUCCCGCUGUCCUGGCUGGAGGACACCGAGCAGCUCCUCCGCGACCUCGGCAUCCCGCUGCCCAGCUCGGACAAAGGGUUCUCUUUGUAUCUGACAUGUCUUCUGGAACAGUAUAAAAAAUUUAUGAGCCAGAUCCAGGAACUUCAGGUCAAGUUCAGCCGUUCUCAGGAAACUCAGCAGUCUUUGAUGCAAGAAAAGCUGCUGGAGCACCUGGCGGAGAAGCAGAAGCUGAACUUGGAGAGGCAAGAGCAAGAGGAGAAACUGAAAGCCAGAGUCAAGCGGCUGAUGGAAGAGAAGGAGGCCUUGGAGGAAAGCGUCACUCUAGAGAGAAACAGAGCAAAGGAGGCGAUACAGGAAGAGCAGACGCGAGCCCAAGAGUUGCAGAGUCGCUUAGCCCGCCAGAAGGAGAUCUUGGAGGAAAGCAUCACGCAAGAAAAAAACAGAGUGAAGAGAGCAUUACAGGAAGAGCAGUCGAGAUCCCAGGAGCUGGAGAACCGCUUGGCCCGCCAGAAGGAGGUUUGGGAGACCAGCAUGGCCCACGAGAGAAGAAAAGCGAAGGAAGCCUUAGAGUAUGAGAAGAGAAAAGUCCAAGAUCUGGAGAACCACUUAACCCAACAGAAGGAGAUCUCAGAGAGCAACGUCGCCUAUGAGAAACACAAGGCCAACGAGGCCAUAGAGAAGGAAAAGAAGAAGGUGCAAGACCUGGAGAAUCGCCUGACCAAGCAGAAGGAGGAAAUAGAGCUAAAAGGGCAAAAAGAAGACGUCCUGAAUAACAAACUCAGCGACGCGCUGGCCGUGGUGGAGGAGACGCGGAAGACGCAGACGGCCGACAGCCUGCGUGCGGAGAGCCUGGCCAUGCAGCUGCACGAGACGCUGGCCGAGCUGGAGACCGCCAAGACCAAGAUGAUCGUGAUGGAGGAGCGGAUGCGUCUGCACCAGCACACGGUGAAGGCGCUGCAGGAGGAGCGAGAGUCGCAGAAGCACGAAUUUGAGGACGAGAUCACGGAAUACAGGGAGCAAGUCAAGCAGCACUCCCAGACGAUCGUGAGCCUAGAGGAAAGGCUCCAAAGAGUGACCCAGCUCCAUAAAAGAAUCGAAGGAGAGAUCGCAACCUUGAAGGACAACGACCCAGCUCAGAAGGAGGAGGCGCCGCAGGAGUCUCCAUCAGAGAACAAUGCCAAGGACGCCGCGUGCGAACACCUGAUAGACGACUUGCUGACUGCUCAGAAGGAAAUCCUGUCCCAGCAGGAGGUCAUCAUGAAGUUGAGGAAAGACCUCACCGAAGCCCACGGCCGAAUGUCGGAUUUGAGAGGGGAGCUCAAUGAGAAGCAGAAGGUGGAACUGGAGCGGAACAUGGACCUGGUCCAGCAGCAGAGACGGGAGCUGAGUGCGCUCAGGGAGAAGAUGGCCCAGCUGAGCGGCCUGGUGGAGAAGAAGGACCGGGAGCUGAAGAUGCUCAAGGAGGCACUCAGGGAUUCGCAAGAGAAGCACAGGCUCCAGCCGAACACGGAGCAGGAGCAGAAGCCCAGGAAGAAGGCCCAGACAUGUGACAUCUCCGUGCAGAUAGAACCAAGCCAGCCCGAGGUCUUCUUGAGCAGCCAAGAAGAGCAAUCCUUCAGUGACCUGGGGGUCAAGUGCAAAGGAUCUCGACACGAGGAGGUCAUCCAGCGUCAGAAAAAGGCCUUGUCUGAACUGCGUGCGCGCAUUAAAGAGCUCGAGAAGGCCUGCUUGACAAGCCGUAAGGACCACCUGAAUGAAUCGAUUCUAGAAUUAAAGACUCUCAGGAUGGAAAAAAAUGUCCAGAACAUAUUAUUGGACACAAAACCUGAUUUUCCAGCUCUCUCAAGAAUAGAGAUCCCAGCGCCCCAGAAUGGCUUUUACAACCCAGGGUCCAGCUCAGCAGUGGAGAAGCCGGGGAGGAUGGAUGCAUGUGAGGCAUUAGAGCUCAGUGAAAAGCUGUACAUGGACAUGAGCAAAACGCUGGGAAGUCUGAUGAACAUCAAGGACAUGUCGGGUCACAUGUCCAUGAAGUGCCUGUCCCCCAAAGACAGGGAGAGAGUCAGCCAGCUUCGACAGCGGGACCUCGAUCUGGUGUUCGAGAAGAUCACCCAACUCAAGAGCCGGCUGGAGAUGAAAGAGGAGCUUCUGCGAGGGUACGAGAAGGACAUCGAGCAGCUCAGGCAGAGCAAAGUGUCCGUCCAGAUGUACCAGGCACAGGUGUCCAAGCUGGAGGACGACAUCUACAAGGAGACGGAGGAGAAGGCCCUGCUGAGGGAGGCCCUGGAGCGCACGGAGCACCAGCUGUACCAGGAGAAGAGGGUCAACAGGACGGUCAGGCAGCAGAAGGAACGCGUAGAGGAGCUCGAACAGAGAAAUGCAAAAGAACCAACACCUUGCAACUGUUCCUUCAAAGAGAGAGACAGGCAGAGAAGAAUAUUUGUAGAGAUGGUGAAGAAAAGGAUGCAGAACUCAAAUUCCCAGGUUGGCAUCAAGAAAGCCACCCUAAGGAUGGACCAGGAAAGAGAGAUGCUGAAGAACGAAGCCUCCAGCAAAUCCAGCCACAGCCUUCUGCUCUCGAAGCCUGGCGGAAGGAACUAGAGAAGCGUCGUCCCGCCGGCCUCGCGUGAUCCUCCGAGAGUCAUCUGACUCCUCUGUGCCUUCUGUGUCAAAAUACUAAGACGCUUUUGUAGGACUUUAAAGAUUGUUACCCUAAUAUUUUCUUUCUAGACUGGUAUUUUGCACAAUAUUGUAUUUUGGAGAGUGUAGGGGAUGGGUUCUUUUUCCUUUCCUUCUUCUUUUUUUUUUUUUAAAUGCCUACGAAAGUACGCAUACUCAGGUAUAUGAAGAAUUCAGGUUUGUAACCCUGACUCCUAGGCCUGGUAGGUACAGGUACGUGGUUCCACAUUUGGGUCACGAUGUACCCAAACAUCAAGGAGCCUUCAAGGAGCUCCCAGAGACACAGUUGAGAAAACCCAAGACUUGUACUGGAGCCACAGGGCAGAAUGGUAACCUCACGGCUGUCGGGGCCAUGGUAUAGUGAAUUUAUAUCUCCGUUUAUUGUAAUAAAUUUAGAAUGCCAAUCA